CGGUCGGUUUGGUUUGAAGCGGGCUGGUGGUGAAGAAGGACCGCCAUGUUGCCGAGAGAUGGCGCUGAAGGACCGGAAAGGACGUCAGCGACGUGUUGUCACGUCGCCAUGGCAACGAGAUCUUUAUUAUGGCUUCAGAUUUGUACUUUCUACAUGAUGAACUAUAGGCAACAUGUACAGAGGAUAUCAUCAAAAUAAGUAUGGGGCGUAUACCGCUUCAUGUUCAAUACCAACAAAAUACCAAAGAGUGGUGAUAGCACAUGAAGAAAAGAAGGGGUUUUCAUCUCAAGCGAGGAGAUUCACUUCAGAAGUCUGUCCGAAUGUAAAUCCAGGACCAGGCAGAUAUGGCCGUAGUUUCAGCGCUGAAGUCAAAAGUCCUUCCUUCUCAAAGAAAGGCACCACAGGCUUUAUUGCAUCUAAGACUGCCUGGAUUUCCAAUAAACGACUGAGAUCCCUCCCAGCACCAAAUGCAUACAACCUGGAUAGCUCCUUCAUAAACAAGGAUAACUUCAGCAUUGGAGCCUCCAGGGUGUUCAGGUCGCCUGUGGCUGUGCAGCUGGAUGGUCCGAAGGACAGAACUCCUGCUCCGAAUCAAUAUGAUGUCAGUUGUGGCGGAAGAAAGAGCUUCUCUGCAGUGGAUGGUACAUCAGCCUUCCGGUCAAAAACUGGACGCGACUCUUUUUACCAAAUCAAAAAGGGGCCGUCUCCAAGCCACUACGUGUUGAGCAGCCACUUAAUCCAGCACGGCUCCAAGGCGGUCUCGUCCCCCUUCAAAUCAACAAUUCAGAGAUUCCCUCCUCCGGUUGACAACCAUGUACCAGGCCCAGGAGCCUACAGUCCCCAUCAGAGCCCUGAACCGGUCAAGAGGACCAAGAGGGGAUAUUAUUUGGCGAUAACAGCGCCUCCUGUGAUCGUUCCAAAGGACCCUCCCUUGCCGGGACCCGGGCAGUAUGACAUAGGGGAUUAUAACGGCCUGUCGAAGCAUCCCAUGCCCACUGCUGCAUUCGCAUCCAGAACUGAAAGGAUCCCCCAAAACUCACCGGCCGACAUGAUGCCAGGUCCAGGUUUCUAUGAUCCACGGAUUUUGCCAAAGCAGUCCUUCUUUUGCAACGAGUCCAGAAUCUGGCUACCUGUAUGAAGCUUUCAAGGAAAACUGCCCUGCAGAUAUGUACAUUCAUCACACACAUGAUUAUCUGUAUAAAAACGCUUCUAUGCAAGGUAUGUGUUUCUAUGUUUAAAUGUGCACGGGUUCAUGUAUCUGACUUUUAUAUAUAUAUAGAGAGAGAUCAGUAUUUGUUGAGCAAAAAAAGGAUGAAAAUUAAAUGUUUGCAACCA